AUGGUUAUCAAUACUAAUCCUUCGACCCAGCAACAUACCAUUGUAGUUGUUUGCAUCGUUGCUCCUAUUUUCUCCAGUCUGUUUGCAGCGAUUCGUAUUUGGACCAGAAUCUUCAUUACUCACUCCAUUGGCCGGGAUGACUAUGCUUCUUUGGUUACUUUGCCAUUUUGCAUAGCCUUCAGUGUUCUUGUUGGUUUAGGAACGAAUUAUGGCUUUGGUUGGCACACUGCCGACGUUCCACCUGAUCGUUUUGUUUUCUAUUACAAGUGGCUCUUUAUCAUCUCUGCCGUCUAUCUUUCCACCUUAUGGUUGUACAAAUUUACUAUUCUCCUUCUCUAUCUCCGUCUCUUCGAUGUGCAUAAGCCGUUUAGAUACGUUACCUGGACAGUCAUGUUCCUCGUUUUUGGUUACCUAUCUAGCAAUCUUUUGACUCUGAUAUUCGGCUGCACACCGAUCGACAAAUACUGGAAGUCAAUGACUCCCGGUCACUGCAUCCCCUCGACCAAGGCAGACCUUUUAUAUGGUUCGAUGAACUUCAUCACAGAUGUCCUUAUCUUCAUCUUACCUCUACCAAUGAUCUGGCGAUUGAAGCUAUCUCGGGAAAACAAGCUAGGUGUCAUCCUCAUUUUCAUGGGUGGAGCCAUUGCCUCUGUCGUUGCCCUCGUUCGCUAUGCCUUCCUACUUCGUAGAUACUCCGCGACCGAUAUCAUAUGGUAUGACGGAAAGAACCUGCUCUGGAUGGUCCUCGAGGUCAACACCGGGCUCAUAUGCAGCUGCACCAUCGCUUUCAAACCUUUCUUCAGAUACCUCGCCUCCAACUACAUUUUCAAAAAAUCAUCCCCGGGUUCAGUAUCGCAUCGAAGGACGGCCGUACCCUCCGGGAGACGAAGUCAUACCGGCCCAUUGGCGCCGCAGGACACGGGAGGGAGGGGAUUCAUGGUUCUUGGAGACGAAGAGACUGAGAUGGAUGGAUUCACUGGGGCAUUGGGGGUAGGGCACGAGGUUUAG